AUGGAUGACUUAAAUUCUGCAAGUUCUGAUUUUAAUACCUUAAAAGAAGAUCCAGUUUUCCUUUCUUCUUUACUUUUUAAAUAUGUCAAAGUUGAGAUACUUAAGAAUGUUGUUUAUUCCGGUUACCUGGAGUCAAUAGAUCCUCUACAUUAUAGCAUUGUACUGAAUGUUUUACAAAAAGAAGAUAAGAGGAAAGUGCUGAUACCUGGCCAUGCUAUUUUAAAUGUUACUGUCCAGGAAGAGAUACCAGACUUAGUACUAGAUACCACCGCAGAACAAAAUAUUGCAGAAGAUAUUUUGAAAAAGAAACAAAAGACAAUUUUGUGGUUAGAGAAGAACUUAUUACCCGUGUCAGAAUCAGGAGAGAAUAUAAUUGUUGGAAAUGCAAAAAUUUUGCCGCCCUAUAGUGAACAUGAUAUUUGUAUAAUUAACCCAAUGGUAGUAAGUCAAUUGAGAAAAACUAUAGUUCAAAUGCCAAAUGACAUUUAA